AUGUCCAAGGAUAUUUUUGUGGAGCUGUUGUUCGAGGCUGAAGUAAAAGGCCGGUUCAAAGAUGAUCCUGAAUUUGAGGAGACGGCCCGCAGGAAUUGUAAUGAGGACCCAGAUACCAGGGAAAAAAUUAUUCAAGAACUUCGAUCUAUGAUUAUUGAGCGAGGACAGUGCCACCCGCAGCGUAUGGAUGAUGCAUAUCUUUUGAUAUUCUUAAGAUGUCGCCGGUUCAUAGUACGCCUGGCUCAUAAACUGAUAGUCCGUUACGAAAAUCUAAUUCGGAGAGAAGCGCAUUACUUCCACUGCAACGUGAUGAGUUGGCACAAACUGGUCGACAACCAGCAUGUGUAUUCAGGGACGCUACCCGAGAACCCUUAUUCUGGUCGGACUUUGAUCAUGCGAUUUGGUCGUUGGGACCCAAGUACAGUGACAGUUGACAACAUAUUACGAGCAGCCUUCGCAUUGGCCCAGAUAAUGCUGUACCAACCCAGGUUCCAAGCUAUAGGUCUGUCAGUCAUCCUGGAUUUGGAGGGAAUGGACUGGAGCCAUCUUAAACAGUUCACGCCCAAUGUUGCGUAUCAAUUUGUCUGCUUAAUGGGGGUGGACUUACCCAUAUUAUUACACGGCCUCCACAUUAUCAAUUACAACUGGGCGAUCAGCACUUUCUGCUUCAUCAGCAAACCCUUCAUACCCUCAGCGGGGUACAAAUAUGUCCACUUCCACGGACGAGACAUGAGCUCUCUCCACAAACACAUAGACCCAGCCAGCCUACCACCAGAAUAUGGAGGUUUUUGUACCCACGUAAUAACUAGCGAAGAUUUCUUCUUAGGAGUUCAGAAAUAUAUAUACAGGGAUAAAGAUUUAGUUCAAGAAUAUCAGACUAUGGGUUACAGAGUGGAAAUUGAAAGUGAUGAUGUGGAUAAUAAAAUAUGGUGUGAUGACGUGGGGAUCAAGGAACCUUAA